UCACGGCGAUGCCGUGAGCGCAGCACAACGUGUGCUACUCUCCACACGAUAGCUGGUGUCGUUGAUUUCGAUUCCCUCUUUCACUCUCGCUCUCCCUCUCUCCUUCCCUCCCUCCUCUCGCGAGCGUUCUCCGCAGCGUCGUUCGCGGAUUCGCGAUCGAUCAUCCUCGGCGAUUCCAAGCUGUGAGAGGGAGAGGAGGAGUAGAGAGGAAGGAAGAGCGCGCGUAUAGGAAAACGCGCGCAUACGCGACGCCGCGCCGCCGGCUCGUCGAGACUCGAAGGAUCCAGUCUCGAUCGGUCCACGGAUCCAACCGCGCCGUUCCGUUGCUCUACGUCUUUUAUCCAUCGUCCUACGUGCUAUCACCUUGUGUGUUUUCAAAGGGACUUGUCAAAGUGAAUGCAUUUUAUUUGCGUUUAUCCGGCCACGAUUUUAAUCGUUCGAUCGUCGUCAUUUCGUAAUCGUCGUCGUCAUUAACACGACUUUAGAAAAGGAAUGGAUAUUAAAAAAGUGAAGGGUGCAUCAUCGUCGUUGUCGUUGUCGUUGUCGCCGUCGUCAUCGUUGUCCUUUGAAAAUUAUCGUCGCCGUGGUCGACCUUCGAAAGGGUAGAACGAUUUCGAGUAGUACUUUGUUCUCGAGGACCAUCGGUGAUCGCGAGAACGAGGCCCGGACGCGUAUCGCGUGUCCUUCAAUGGAGAGAAAGGGUGAGAGCGGGAGUGAGUGAUCGAAAAGAAGAAGGAGAGAUUGAACGAAUGGAUGGAUGGAUAGAUGGAUAGUUGGUGAUAGAAACUCAGAGUGUUCGAAGGAGAAAGAAGUAGAAAGAGAGAGAAACAGAAGCUGAAGGAGAGUCGUGCGUACUUAGAGAGGUGUGUAGAGUCAUCGUGUACAGGUGCUGUGUGUGCCUCGAAUCAGUGCUCUUUGGUAACAUCAUGAUCACGCGGCGCGAGUGCGAUCGAGUACUCUCGAGUGCUACCGAGUGCGUUUCGAGUGCGAGAUACUUCGGGAUUAUUGUAGAACCACGUGAACGGGCACGCGUACGAUCGCCAUUGACGUUGCUAGCAACAACAAGAACAACAAGAAUGACGAUGACGACGACAACAAUAGGAACGACCACAUGCUUUCAGGAGUAGGACAAACCGACAUAAUCAACGAACUCGUAGUGACAGCUGGCGAGGAAAAACGAAACGUAUUGAAGCGUUGGCAGGACGAUAGUCUGCCAACUUUACCGCGAACGGUGAACCCUCCGAUUGUAGUAUCGACUACAACGCGUUGUGCUCUGCCAGGGGCAAAUUAAUCCGGCGUUACGUACACGUGGACAUCAACCAUCGAGGAGCAGCACCUACGUACGUACGCGUGAGUUCAGAUCGCAUUCAAACUACACCGGUAAUUACUGUGCGGUCUGCAGGAUCGGUCGUUUCCGGUCGAUCGACGAGACCAACCUAGCUACCCUAACGACGAAUUCAUCGUUCUUCAGGAUUACGAACAGUGUAUCGCGAUACUCUUGUAUUUUCUUUUUUCUCGUUACUUUUCCCUUUGUUUUCUUUCUGCUAUUUUUUCUCUUUUUUUACGACAUCCUUUAAAGAAGUUCUUAAAUAUUCGCGAAUAACAGUGAAAAGUGGAAGGACGAAAAUCGUAUUCGUUUAAUCUCGCUAGAGGAUCUUCGAGUUUCUUCUUUUCGAGUUUGGAUCUCGCGAAUUCUCUUGAAAGAUAAUCGGUAAAGGUGUGGAAAGAUUACGCGUAGUCGGAGCUCGAAAUCUGAGUGCCAUGGAGUGCCGCAAGGGUCGACGGAAAGGUCUGCUCGGUGGGCUGCUCCUUGCAUGGCUAUUAACCAGCGGUCGUACAGUCGUCGCGCGAAAUAUAGAGAGGUACGACACCGCGUACGCCUGCGAGGGCAAAACGCUAUGGAUCGAGUGUGGCGAGGGAAAGCUGAUCCACCUGAUAAGAGCCAACUAUGGGAGGUUCUCGAUAACGAUAUGCAACGAGCAUGGGAAUACCGACUGGAGUGUCAAUUGCAUGUCACCCAAAACUUUCCGUGUUCUCAACAACGAGUGUAACGACCAACAAAACUGCAGCAUCGUUGCAUCAACCUCGCAAUUCGGUGAUCCUUGUCCCAACACGCACAAAUAUCUCGAGGCACAUUAUCGUUGUGUCUCUGCGACUACAACAACGACGACAUCCCGACCAAGUCCGCCGUGGUUCAUAACUUCGCAACCGAGCGUUUGGAGCACGGCUAAGCCAACCGUGAGACCUCCCUCGAGGAUUACGACACCGGCGGUUCAACAGCCACCGCAACCACCACCGGCACCAUCUACACCAGCUUUGCCAAUAACCACUCCGCCAAGUCCAACCUCGACGAGGUCCUUCGAAGAUAUGGACAAAGAGGACCAAGAUUCUACCCUUCCAGGGAAAGGUGUCGCAGCGAACGGAGCAGCGAUUCCACCUAUCGCGCCUGAAACAAUGCAGCCGACAACUACAUCAACAUUUGCUCCAUGGAGAACAAGUCGAAGACCAACCGUACCCAGCACUUAUUAUCCAGAGUCCAGCUCGAAUGGGCAAUGGUACGAUUAUGGACGACAGGCCUGUCCACCGGUAAUAGCACGAAAUCUUUCAUGGAACGCGACUCGAGCUGGAGACGUUGCCGUCCAAAGUUGUCCAGGUGGUGCCAAUGGUCUUGCUCGUUGGAGGUGUCUUGCCAAAGGUGAUUCCGCGGUGUGGCAUCGAGACACUCCAGAUUUGAGCGAGUGUCGUUCCGUUUGGUUGACGUCUUUGGAAAAUAGGGUGACUGAUGGUGACGUCAUAUUGGGGAUCAGUCGAGAACUUUCACAAGUAACAAACAAUAGUCGUGGUCUUUACGGUGGUGACAUGAUGAUCACAACCAAGAUCAUAAAGAACAUGGCUGAAAAGAUGGCACAAGACAUUAGGACCUAUCAAGAUCCCAAUCAAAGAGAAGUCAGCGUUACGGAACUCUUGCAAGGUGUUGUAAGAACAGGCAGCAAUCUUUUGAACGAGGCACAGAUGGCUUCUUGGAAGGAUCUCAGUCAUCAGGAACAAAUGAGAGUAGCGACCUCUUUGUUGAUAGGUCUCGAAGAGAAUGCAUUUCUUUUGGCUGAUACUUUGACCCAAGAGAAGACUAUCACUCAUGAUUGUAGGAACAUACUGAUGGAAGUUCGCGUUUUGGAUACACGCAAUAUCGGUAGCGAUCUCGAAGUCUUUCCAAACAACAUUGUGGAGGGAAGAUGGACAGCAUCCACGGCACACGUCGAACUAACCAGAGGUGCUCUUUUGGAAAACAGCGAAGCUGGGAUCGUUCGACUAGUCUUCAUGGCCUUCAAUAGACUCGAAGAAAUUCUUCAACCGCAAGCUGAAGUGCCGUCCGUCGUUACAAACGAUGACUCGCAAUCGUUGCCGAAAAGAAAUACGACUAGGUUAUUGAACAGUAAGAUUAUCUCUGCUUCAUUAGGAAAAGGUCGUCAUAUACAGCUAUCGGAACCAGUAAGGAUAUACUUCAGGCAUUUGACACUGGAAAACGUUACGAAUCCUACUUGCGUCUUUUGGGAUUAUAUUUUGAGUGGUUGGUCAGAAGAAGGUUGUCAAAUAAGAAAGAGUAACGACACGCACACAGUAUGCGAGUGCAAUCACUUAACAAAUUUCGCCGUUCUCAUGGACGUUCAUGCGGUUAGAUUGGACAUCGCUCAUCAAGUCGCACUACAAAUCAUCACUUAUAUAGGCUGCAUCAUAUCUGUCGUCUGUCUGGUGUUAGCGAUACUUACUUUUCAAUUGUUCCGUGGGCUCAAGUCCGACAGAACGACGAUACACAAGAAUCUGUGCGUCUGCCUCUUAAUAGCUGAAGUUUUGUUUGUUUGUGGUAUCGGACAAACGAAUCAAAGGAUCGUCUGUGGUAUCGUUGCUGGUUUAUUACACUUUUUUUUCCUAUGUGCGUUCGCCUGGAUGUUCCUCGAAGGAUUUCAACUGUAUGUUAUGCUGAUCGAAGUUUUCGAAGCGGAAAAGUCUAGACUCCGAUGGUAUUAUCUUGUUGCUUACGGGGCACCGUUGCUGGUAGUUGCGAUAUCCUGUAUAAUCGAUCCAUUCAGUUACGGUACCGAUCGAUACUGUUGGCUUCGAGCGGACAACUACUUCAUCUUCAGCUUUGUGGGGCCCGUGAUACUUGUAAUCUUGGCGAAUCUCGUAUUCCUGUCGAUGGCGAUAUACAUGAUGUGCCGACACGCAAAUACGACGGUAGCCAUGAAGAGUAAAGAACAUUCUCGUCUAGCUAGCGCAAGUGGAAAGGAAGAGAAUGCUCUUCCCAACAAAUUGCAAGCGCACUUAGCUUGGUUACGCGGCGCCAUCGUCCUAGUAUUUCUACUAGGAUUAACCUGGACUUUUGGACUUCUCUAUUUGAAUCAAGAAUCAGUGGUAAUGGCAUACAUCUUUACUGUACUCAACAGCCUGCAAGGCCUUUUCAUCUUCGUAUUCCACUGCGUUCAAAACGAAAAGGUAAGAAAGGAGUAUAGAAAGUUCAUCCGACGUCACUCGUGGCUACCAAAGUGCUUGAGAUGUUCGAAGACGGUGACGGGAAGUUCUGGAUCAUCCGGUACGAGCGGUGGUGGAGUCGGGCCUGGUGGAAACGGUGGAAAGGAAUUUGCCUCGCACAACACAUCCUCGAAUCCUUCGGCUCCAACGACGGACAGCUCAGGAUUAUCGCCUCAUGCCGCCUCUAACUACUUGGUAUCCGGUCGAAGCUGGGCGAUAGUCGAUAGGCAGCCGGCAGUCGCUGUGCCAAGUGAAUCCUCUGGCACAGAGGCUCACAUCGUGGCCACCCUGCCGUACGCCCGUCACGCAUUCUUACCCUCAGCUCCUAAUAUCCCCAAAUCUGCCACCGCCACUUGGGGCCACCUUAACAAAAACCUCAUGUGGAAGAACAUUUCUUUUAAAUCGUACUCCCGGGACUCUGGACACGGUGGAUCCGAACAGGAAGACUCACCGAGGACACACAACACUUUAACUCUAGGCCACUCGGGUCGAAAUCGAGAUCGAGAUCGAAACCGUAUUAUCGGCUCGAACGAUGGCAGCGAGACGAUGAGCGGUGGAAGGGCAGCAACGACAGCGGCAACGACUUCGGUGGGAACUGGACGACGAGCUGCCAUGCCAUAUAAUCAUACUUACACGGAAAUCGUUGAUGGUAGAAACGGUGGAAAUGGUAUGCAUCAUCAGAUGCAUGCUCAUCACGGUCAACAUGUACACCUUCCAGCGCAUCGCGGAGUUGGCAGCGUUGGUGGCUUAACAAACGAAGAUGAUCCUGUCUACGAGGAAAUCGAACGAGGUGGUGCCGGUGGAGCUGUCGGAGAGAUCCAAGUGUCAGACAUGUCCGACGAGGAUGGUCGACGGCAAAGCGACAUGAGCAGACAAUCUUCGAGAAGCUACGGUGACCAUAGGCCAUUGAUUCCAUACUCACCUGCUAACGAUCGUAACCUGCUCCAUUACGGACAAACGAUGAGCGAUCGUGUUGGAAACACUCACUACGAUCCAACGGAAUAUGGUCCAACCGUUGAAAGAACCUUAAACGCCUGCUGGGAGAAACUACGAAGGCAACAAGCGAGGUACGAGCUCGGUGAACUGCCGCGACUCCCUGCAGGUUAUGGAUUACCACCUCAACAGGAUCACACAAGAACCGUCGCUGUUCUCGACGGCCAUACCGUUGUCUGCCAUCUUCAACCCCAAACGGACAUGUAUACGGGACGUGGAAUGCCACCACCUUCUUACAGCGAGUGUUAGGUCAAGGCUGGAUCGUCUCGUCCUCCAUCUCGUCCACCAUCCCCACAUUUUGGGGUAGGACUCUGUUCCUCUCGUAGGACUCGCCCUUCGACUCCGAUCUCUCUCUGAUUCCACUGUAGCUAAGCAUGACGUAUCUCUCUCUCUCUUUCUCUCUCUCUUGCUCUCUCUCUCUCUCUCUCUCUCUUUCUCACUCUCUCAUUUCCACUCUCACUCUCUUUCAGAUUUGUUAGAAGAUUUUCUUUUAACAAAAAGACUUUUCUUUCCUAUGAAUGAAAGCAGUUGAACGGGGAGAGAGACGAACAAAGGCCAAGAUUUCGGAGAAGAAUUAUGGAAAUGAGAAACGGACGAUGACGGUCCUUCCAAGAAGAAACACGAAAAACACGAAAGGCUAGAACGAUAUUACUUCGCUUUUUAGCGUGUUAAAGCCACACGAGUCGAUCGGCGAACCUACGCGAUGGUUCGUGUACAACUAAACGAUCGACAUUCUGCGCCGAAAGAUUCCUUCCUUGCUCUUCGCGUACUAAUCACAGUGUGUGUGAUCCUUGCGAAAAAAAAAAGUAAUAAAUAUUGUGUAGAGAGCGAGACGAUCGCGUCGGCGAUACGUUAUUUUUCUUUUUUCUUUUGUAUAAUAGACAUAUCGCGACACGUACUCCUCGUCCACGAACUGGAACUUUUGUAAGUCAUUGUUUUAAGUCACCUUGUUCUUUCUUUUCUUUCGUCCUUUGUGUAUAAUAUAGACUCUCGUUGAACGGAUAGCUUAGGAUAGCGACAUAUCGGAAAUUUUAGAAGGUGUGGCACGUGAUUGUAUCGAUCGCAUUUGAAAAUCGCGUUACAAAGGAGAGCAACUGCCUGUGAGAGAGAAAGAAAGAAAGAAAGAAAGAGAAACAGAGUGAGAGAGAGAGAGAGAGAGAGAAAGAGAGAGAGAGAGAGAAUUUUAGGGGGGUUUUGGGCGGGAGGAGAGGCAGAGUGAAUUCUCGAUCGCGACGCGUCAAAGUUUCCUCGUGGAAAUAAUCGGACGCGCAUUUCUUUCGCCAUUUUCUUUGACCUUCCACGUACUUUUUCAAUACGAGUGCGUCGGCCAUUUUGAGUUAAAGAAAAUAUACCGGGAAUUCAAUUUUAUUCUCCGAAAAAAGAAGAACCCAAUACUUUUACGAACGUUUACUCAAUGAGAAAGCAAAUGAAAUUUCCUAAGAAUAAUAUUAAUUCAAAAUGAAGAAGAAAUCGUAAUCGUACAGUCGUAAGUACCUUUGUCGGUCGUCCCAACCAUAACUCCUCAUUGUACAUUGCUUUUGAAAUGUUACGUUUUAGUCCCAGAAUGUUAUUUUUAUAAAUAAAAAAGGUAUAUAUAUAUAUGUAUGUAUAUGUAUGUAUACAAUAACACGAUGUUCUUGAACGAAAUGGAAGAAAGACGGGGGUGGGUGUGUGCGAGUAUAUACGCGUGCGAGUGUAUGUAUAUGGGUGUGUGUACGUGUGUGUGUAUGUAUGUGAGAGAGAAAGAGAGAGAGAGAGCCUGUGUGUAUGUAUGUGUAUGUUUGCAUUUGCGUACGAUCGAACACAUGGGCAGGUAGUGCGCGUAUGUAGGCGAUAUAAAAGCGAUUUUCCAAGCGAAGCGGAGAAUUCGCGAAUGAAACUUAGUCACUGUUUUUUACUAUUUUUUAAAGAAAACGUAAGUGUCGUAAAAACGUAAUAAUACGUGUAAAACUAAGGGACGAUGCCGAACGCGCGCGCGCGCGCGCGCUCGCUAUUUAUUUUUUAUCACCGCUCGUAAAGGCGUUUCUCGGUUAAAAUACGCGCGACACAGCCGACGCAGGAUCGUCGACCGACGAUCGGAAGGUCCUAACUCUUUCUCGUGAUAUAAGCAAGCAGGUCUCGUCGAGUUCCUCUCUCCUUCCUAUCGUCGAGUCGCGACGACAAACUUUUCUCGCCAUUUUUCGCGAUCGACGCGAAAGAGAGCGUCUAUAAAGAUGAUGUUCGAGACGAGUAUCGAACGAAUGCGUACUAUACUAAUGGAUGAUAAUAAUAAUAAUGAACAUGUCUAAUAUCGAUCGAUGCUCGCCUCAGAAAUAACACGGAUAGCAUCGCCGUCGCCGUGGCUUUAUUUAUUUCUCGCUCGAUCGACCGUUCGACCGUUCGUCAAGAAAAAAGAAAAAGAAAAAAAGAAAAAGAAAAAAAGAAGUCAAGUGGAAGCGUUUAGAAGAAAAUCGGCGUAAAAGCGAUUAGUCGCGUUUAAGGGUACCACUGCUGUCUAUUAAAAUGCAAGAAAAGUAAAAUGCACGAGCGAGAUCUCGUGUAUGUGUGUUUGUGUGUGUACGUGCGUCUGUCUGUCUGUCUGUCUGUCCAUCUGUCUGUGCGUAAGUAACGUAUGCGUGAGAGAAGAACGAGGAAUAUGUGCGUGCGUACGUUUCUAUCCCUUUUAAUAUUUCGAAUGUUCGUUCUGGCGGUAUAUGAAGAAGAAAAAAAAAAUCUUAGCAAUCGAUCGAUUCGUCUUGUCGUUUAUAUUGUACUACAAUUCGACGGCAUCGAUACAGCAAUAAUCGUUGCUGCCUCACGAUACGGAUGAUGAUGGAUUAUUAAAGGGAAGCCAUUGUCGAUUCAUGCGAAUCGCGACAUUUUUAUAGUGAUUAAGGUCCCCCUCCGCGUAGUCCUUGUAUCCUUUUUUUGGAUUUCGAACGAAAUUACCAAUGGAUUCUUCGAUGUUUAUAGUCCAUAGAUGCAACUAGCUUUUCACAUCGAACGAUUCGUUCUCUCUUCUUUUCCGCUCUCUGUCUCUGAAAAUUCUGAAGACUUCGUUCCUGUCGCAAAGAAAAUAAGGACAAACAAGAAAAGAAGAAACGAAGAUACGUAAAUAUUCGAUGUAAAAAGAAAAUUGUGACUAUGGACCGACAGAUCGCGAAGCGUGGAAAACUAGUUAUAAUUUUCUACGAUCGAACCGUAUAGAUCUUAUCGACAUAAUAAUACAUAUUGCCAGAUAAUCUUUAAGGCACCCACAUUCCAUCCGUUAACGUGUCGUAAAUCGAAAACCGAGGGAUACAAAUGCAACAAAAAGGAAUAAGCAAAAAGAGAGAGAGAGAGAGAGAGAGAGAGAGAGAGCGAGAGAGAGAGAGAGAAAGAGAGAGAAAGAGAGAGAGAAAGAAAGAGAGAGAGAGAGAGAGAGAUAGAGGCAUCAGCCUAGAAAGACGAGCCGAAAGAUAAGCAAGGAGUUUUCAAUGCGAGAAAACAUAAUAAUCCUUCGUUCUCUUUUGGCGAGUCGACAAUCUAUGAUAGAAGUUUGGGUUAACGCGGCCAAGUCGAGAGUGUGUGCAUGCGAAAGAGAAAAAGACGCGCGGGCGUUCUAUUAUUAUUAAUCGUCGACGAAAGAGAACUCUCAAAAGCGUUGUAAAUAAUGUAUAUAAGGCUUUGUACAUGUUGAAUACUUCUAAUGUAAAUGGAAAAAGAAAAAGUGAGAUACGGCGCACCCUAACGAUUAAUGUGAACAAAAGUAAGUAAAUAAGCGAAUUAACUAAUAAGUAGUAAACCAUCAUAAACUAUCGUUGUGACGGCGGAGAAAGCGUAAGAGAAGCGUUUAACUUAAGUCCCAAGCGUAAAUUAGUUAAUGUGUAAAUAAAUUAAACGAGGAAGUAAAAUAUUAAAUGAGACAAAAACCUCAAAUAAUCAUUGGAUAUUUAUAAAUGAAUCCGCUAAAAGAAAAAAAAAAAAAAAGAAAGAUAAAAAGGAAAAAAUACAAGUAACGUAGGUUUCGACGAAGGGAAGGGAAACGAUUAUGAACGAGCGAUUCGUUCUGUGAACACAUAAAUCGCUAAUGAACAAGAAGAAACAAAGAAGAAAGGAAGUGAAAAACGAGAAACGUUAAUAGGAUGAACACAGAUAUACGAGCAAUGCAUGUUCGAUCCGCGGCUAUUUUAUAAAGUAUAUUCCAUCGUUCGACUCCUUUCUCCUACGUCUCCGCUCUGCUUUCCUACCACCUCUUUUCCCCGUCCAUACUGUUUUCCGCGAUUAAACGAAGGUAAUCACAAUAAUCUUUCUUCGAUCGUUAUAUCCUUAUAUUCGUACCGCGUUAUCCGAACGUUCCUUUCAUCUUAAUAUACUUUUGCUUUUAACCCAGCUCCCUUCUGUAAGAAAAAAAAAAGAUUUUACGAAAUAAAAGUCCAAAAUGAUCCAAGAUAAGUUCAAAAUAAUGAUAAAAUGGCCGAGACAAUGCAAACAAAUUGAAAGACACCAAGCGAAAUAUUUUUUAAAAAAGCGUUACGUACUUUCUUUCGACUACAUAAUAGUUAUAUGUAUAUCCAAAGACAGCCAUCGUCAUGAAAACGCGAUCUUCGAGAGCCGAACAACAAAAUCCGAUUUAGUUCGAUACUGUGAUCUUAUCCUUUUCUUACGAUUAUCUUUCCAUAUGAAUUCGUUUAAUUAUCGCGAACCGCCAAGAUCUUUCCGCCAUUGCCUGCCUGCGCGCAUUAGGAACGCAGAUGCGACAAGAUUGUAAAACUUAGGUAUUUCCAAAUCGGAUAAGAAACUCCGUUUCUUGAUUUUGUAUUGCUUCUUUAAGACUGUCCGAUGAUACAGAGAAAAAGGAUAAAUAAAUGUGUACCAAUCUCUGAAGAAAAA